GUUCUCUUUCCAGUAUAUUUUACAUAUCUAAUAACUACCUACAACUCCAUAUGUUCCCGCUUCUCUAUAUACACCACCCACUCUGUCAUGUCUAUUGACUAUAAGUACUGACCAACCACAUACCUAUGUCAUAUAGUUAUCAUACCAAAAGUGAAGCUUACUUUAGCAAUGAGUAUAAGUAUACUCCUGGGCAAGCAGAAAUGAGGCUAGUCAUCUCUCUGAAAUUCUGAAUAGGGGGGUGGGUAGACGGAGGGAAAAAUUGGAGAACACAUAACAAGCCUUGAAGUACUGGUCCAGACUCCCUAGGCACUAUGCAGGUAGUAUGUCCUUUUGGGUGAGGCGGACCUUAUUGGUAGGCUCUAUUCCUAUGCAACGUCAGCUUUGAGAGAGUUAUAUUAAGUUCGUAUACGGUAUGCGCAUGUCAUUCAGUCUCGCCGGGCGUCACUGAGACGCUAAGGGUCGCAUUGCAUAUUCCUUCUGGGUACGGUUUUCAUUAUCAUAAUAUUACCUGGACCUACAUCAACGAGGCUGUACACUCCUAGUAGCGGGAUAGGUAUAUUUGACUACAACUUCGAUGUUUUUCUACCUCACUUUUCACAACAUGUUCUACGACAUCCGCAGUCAGUCGCUGUGCUAUUCUGCUUUUUACAUAUUUUAACACCGUUAUAAUGGAAGUCGUUGGUGGCAUCGCAAGUUUCAUCGCUAUUGGACAAGCACUUGGUGCAAUUCCGAAGAUUAUAACUGCAGUGAAGAGCGUGACGAACGCAAGAGACGAGCUACAAGACUUACUACUUGAGCUUACGUUCCUCGUCGAGCGAUACAAUCAUGCAAAGGAGAAUCUACGAUUGUCUUCACCCCAAAAUCCUCCCAUAGUUCUCGGGCAGGAGGAGCCUUAUUACAUGAAAAUCCUAAGAAUCCAACUGGAACGAUUGCUCGAACAACUCCACGUGCUAGCUCGAGAUUGCCAGGUCCUGGCUGACGAUCCAACACCACACAAAUCAUUCCGCACAAAGUGGCCAUGGAAGCGGCAUAAGGUGAUUGGUCUAUGUGAAGAAGUGAAGAGGAUCCAAGGGCAUUUAGACGCCGCAACAAGACUCUUCAUGGAUCGCACGAUUCAUUCUCAGAGCAAAAUCCUAAUCGAGAUCCAUGCUCUUAUCACCAAGGAUCAACUUCUUCCUGGUAAGAACGAGGGCGACACUGUUGUUGACGUCGACUGCCGAGUCCCGGAGGAGCAGGACAUCGCUUCAACAUCAUCUGGACUUACACAGCUCACACCACCAUCACAGUACUGCAGUCCGCCAUUUCAGCGGGAUGGCAGGCAAUAUAUUAGACCCUGUACCUGCAACUGUCACUUGCCUGGAUCUGUGAAUAAGCGGUCGAUAAAUUUCAGUCUCAUUCCUGGGAGACUAUCUGUGUCAUAUUCAGAAAUCGCCCGAUGGAUGUUUCCAUGUCGCCGCUGCAGCUGUGGGCCACCGCGCGCAGUAGUCCGAAUGGACUAUCAAUUUCCAUCAUGGCUACUGAACAGAGCUAUACACUUCAAAGCCUCCCUAGAUGGGCUGUCUGGAAUAGCAACAUCCCUGCGUCUCCCAGCAGUGCUGAGUAUGACAGAUCGAAUCUGGCAGGUAUUGCGGUCCCCCGUGGUCGAGGAUGUUCAGUGGUUCAUUGCCUCUCAUGGAUAUACGCCUACGGAUGCUGACCCACAAGGAGGCUCUAUUAUGGAGUACGCUAUGACACACAAUGAGUAUUCAAAUAUAUUGUUUCUUGUAAAUCGCUACCCGCACAUCCUGAAAGACACAUCUGCUGCUAGUAAUGCUGUGAUGCAAGCACGAACCAAACUCUACGAAGGCCGAGAUAAGAUGCUCGGUUUAGAAGUUUAUACCUUCAACCGAGUUAUCGAACUGCUUGAUGAAAAUGUCGAAACCUCGCCCUUUACACUGCACGAGGCAAUACGCAGCCAUGGCAACCUUGAUAGUGAUAUGGAGACACAUGCCUCAACUACCAACGACCUCGACGAAACCGGAUUCACGCCACUGCACCUUGCUUGUCUUUACGAUAACUUUGAUGCGCUCACUUAUCUUCUCCUUCGCCAGGCAGAUGUCCACGCCACGGAUUUGCAAGGUGACACCCCUUUGCAUCUAGCCGCGUCACGAGGGCAAGUCCAGUUCGCCACCUGUCUUCUAGACGCAGGGAGCGACAUCAAUCAGCGCAGUCGAUAUGGCCAGACUGCACUAGAUAAAGCGUUGAGGUCCCGAAAUAUCACCGCGGACGGGAGUAUUAUAGAGCUGUUAUUAAUGCGGGGCGCCUCGAUUUCCAACGUCGAUGUCCACGGGUCCUCGUCCUUCCACCACCUAGCCGGCUUCAAGAGCGGCCCGCGCGCCGCCGAAAAAUCCUUUGAACUUCUCAUGAAAGCCGGCGGUAAGUCCAUGCUCGAGGCCCGGAACCAGUUUGACAACACUCCGCUGCUCGACGCACUUUGGGAGACGAAUGCCCCCGUCGUGCGGCUGUACCUCGCGGCGGGCGCGCGCUGCGACGUGCUGAACAUCCGCGACCUCAACAUCCUCCACGCGAUCGCGCGCAACGGAAACAUCGAGCUGAUGAACAUCCUCCGCGCGGCGCAGCUCAGCGACCCGGACAUCAGGGCCUCGGCCCACAACGGCCUCACCCCCAUCGGUCAGCUAAGACACUGCAUCCACGCCAUUGGGGACCGCACCAACAUCGUCAAGGACAGGAAGCCUUCGCCCAACGAGAUCACGACGUUUGAGGUCCUGGUUAGGGAGAUCAGGGACCGCGCGAUCAUGGCGGAAAUAGCUAGGUUGGAUGAUAUCGUUCGCGAUAUUCAGAAUAGUAGUAACAUUAAUGAUAAUAGCAACGAAGAUAUGGCGGUGGCGAGCGAAAAAGCUUGCGAGGCACUCCGCGAGGUGGCGGAGAGGAAGACGUACUGGGGGUUAGAGCACGAGGCAAUGACAUUUAAGGUUAUUGCGGUGCAAGUCUCGCAGGGCUUGUGGGAGCCGGCGGUGGAGAGCUUGCUGGAGUUUAUGGCGGUUUCGAGAGAGAGGAUGGGGGUUUCGCCUUUUGACGAGGAGUGAGAUCGCCGAGUAGGGAAUGAGGAUGAGGAUGAGGGUGGGUACGAUUUGCCCCUUGAGAUCUAUACGCUAGCUGGCUGUUAUGAUUUACGUGGAAUCGAUUCUUUCUCAUGUAUAUCUGAUGAAACUACACAUUUAACGAUAUGAUGAUAGAUAAAUUCUUACCUAGGUACCUAGAAUACCAAAGAUAGCUAGGUGUUGGCUGUCUAUUGACUCUUAU